AUGCAUUCUUCUCAAGAAGGUUGCGACGUCCAACGUGUCUUAGCUGAACUGCAAUCUGAUAUCGAUCUUCGGUUUCGCCCGUGGCUGUUUCCCGAACACCUGGAGCUGGCAACUGCUGAUGCGUUGUCGGCCAAUGCCAGGCGCAACGGCGGCUGGGCUGAUGUACGUGAUCAAACGCUCUGUCUCAGUUUAGCCAGGAACAGAUGGCUGGCACUGACGGAGCAUCCCUCUGUGGUCUCUAAUAACAGGGAUGUUACGCGCUUAGAACCCCUUCUUAAGGAUGUCUCUCUCACCGAAACUGACCCUCUUUCUUAA